AUGGGUCAAACCGGAAAAAAAUCUGAGAAGGGACCAAUUUGUUGGCGAAAACGCGUGAAAUCAGAAUAUAUGAGACUGAGGCAGCUCAAGAGGUUCCGACGUGCGGAUGAAGUAAAGAGUAUGUUUAAUUCUAAUCGUCAGAAGAUACUGGAAAGAACUGAAAUACUAAAUCAAGAAUGGAAACAACGUAGGAUACAGCCUGUUCACAUCAUGACUUCUGUGAGCUCAUUGCGCGGGACCAGGGAGUGCUCUGUUACCAGUGACAUAGAUUUUCCAAAACAAGUCAUCCCACUGAAGACUCUCAAUGCUGUUGCUUCUGUACCUAUAAUGUAUUCUUGGUCUCCCCUUCAACAGAAUUUUAUGGUAGAGGAUGAAACUGUUUUACAUAACAUUCCGUAUAUGGGAGAUGAAGUGCUUGACCAGGAUGGUACCUUUAUUGAAGAACUGAUCAAGAACUAUGAUGGGAAAGUGCAUGGAGACAGAG